CAUUUUUAGAAGUGAAAAUAAAUAAAGGGUGUUUCUCUUUGGCGCCCGGUUCUUUUAAGUGAGAAAGAAGUCACUCGAAGCUGUCACUUCAUUAUUGACCAGCAGCGUCUGAGUGGAUUCAAUUGGAGCACGCUUUUGGCCUGACAAAUCCUAGAAGCGCUUAUUGAUUCAUGUCUCAACAUGGCGAACCGUAAACGAGACUCGGCGACAGCGAUUAGCCCCGGUGAUGUUUUCCAAACGCCGGGGAAGAGAGUGUCAGUGGAUCGGAUGCCAAACUCGGACUUCUCCCAAUGGGGACUUGAAGAAACGUGCCAGUUCUUGCGAGGAGAAGGUCUUGCUGAGUGGGAAACUAUAUUUCGAGACCAUAAAAUCAAUGGCGCCGUGCUGCGGUAUCUCAAGAAGGAUGACCUGGAAAAGAUAGGCAUUAAGCCUCUUGGUGACCGACUGCGGAUCCUCCACAGUCUGAGGAAGCUAUGGCACAUAGAAGAGGGUCCUCAAACAAAUAAGGUGUUUAAUGACCCCAUCCACGGGCACGUGGAGCUGCAUCCACUUCUUGUCAAAAUCAUCGACACACCACAGUUCCAGAGACUUCGAAAUAUCAAACAAUUGGGAGGGACGUACUUUGUUUUUCCUGGAGCGUCCCACAACCGUUUUGAGCACUCCAUCGGAGUGGGUUACCUGGCAGGACAACUUGUGAAGGCACUAAAUGAGAGGCAGCCAGAGCUUCUCAUCUCUCGGAGAGACAUCCUUUGUGUGCAGAUUGCUGGACUCUGUCACGAUCUGGGACACGGGCCUUUUUCGCACAUGUUUGAUGCCAAAUUCAUCCCCAAAGCACGCCCAAAUAUUUCUUGGAAGCAUGAAAACGCAUCACUUAGCAUGUUUGACUUCCUGGUGAAGAAAAAUGACUUAAAGCCACUGAUGGAACAAUAUGGCCUGGUCCUGCCUGAGGACCUGCACUUCAUCAAGGAGCUGAUUGCAGGACCUCUGGAAUCAAACGCAGCCCUCCAGUGGCCCUAUGUAGGCCGUUCAAAGGACAAGUCCUUUCUCUAUGAAAUUGUGGCCAACAAGCGAAAUGGUAUUGAUAUGGACAAGUGGGACUACUUUGCCAGGGACUGCUACAACCUGGGCAUUCAGAACAACUCGGACUAUCGUCGCUACCUGAAGUUUGUGCGAGUGUGUGAGCUGGAUGGGGAGAAGCUCAUCUGCACUCGUGAUAAGGAAGUGGGCAAUCUGUAUGAUAUGUUCUACACACGUAACUGUCUCCACAAGAGAGCCUACCAACACAGGGUGGGCAACAUCAUAGAAACCAUGAUUACCGAGGCCUUUUUGAAGGCCGAUAAGCACUUUCAGGUCCAAGGCUCAGGGGGCAAGAUGUUCACGCUCUCCGCAGCCAUCGAUGACAUGGAGGCCUACACCAAGCUGACAGAUGGUGUGUUUGAACAAAUUCUCCACUCACCAAACCCGGAGCUGGCUGAGGCGCAGAAGAUUCUCCAUAACAUUCUUCUUCGGCGCCUCUACAAGUGUUGUGGUCAAACCCAAGCUGACAACUCACUGAAAGUCACUCAGGAAAUGCUUCAUGCCUGGGAGGCGGAGUUGGCUCGAUCAGUCCCUGAGAGGGGUGCGACGGGUGUCACUCUACUGCCUGAAGAUUUUGUUGUGAGCGUCAUCCAAAUGGAUUAUGGGAUGAAACGGGAGAACCCCAUUGACAAUAUGCGUUUCUAUUGCAAGACAGACCCGACCAAAGCCAUUUCCAUAUACAAGCAUCAGGUGUCCAAACUUCUGCCCGAGCACUUUGCAGAGCAACUGAUCCGAGUUUACUAUAAGAAGAUGGAUGACGAGGGCCUGUUUGCAGCCAAGAAGCAUUUUGUGCAGUGGUGCAUGAACAACAAAUUCACAAAACCUACGGAUGGAGACAUAAUUGCACCCGAGCUGACUCCCCUACAUAAAAGAUGGCUGUACAGAAAAGAAGACGAGGAUGAUGAUGAUGAUGAUGAUGAUGAGAAUUUGGGCUGUAGAAAUUUGAACCAAAAGGCAGUCAAGUCCCUUUUUUCGGACUAGGUCCACUAUUGUUGUUUGCAACUUUGAGACAAUGAUGAGCCCUUUUUUAUUCGAUGUCAAGUCAAUUGAGAAUCGAACAGCAAAGACAUGUUUUUCCAGAGCGGAUUCAUUUUGUUCUAAUCAAGGUUUUACUCAAAUUAGAACCUCGGCUACAGCUGGGAUGUAUUUGUAAUCUUUUAACCGUUUUUUAAAAUUCUCUUAGGAUUAGUCGCAGUGUCGCACAAUCAUGUAUUUACAACAUAAACAACCGUACAGUGAACACCCCGAUAAAAGAGUUGAGCUUUUUCAUGAACAGAUGACAUGCUAUGUGUCAUUUCCAUCCAUUGCACAGCCUCUGCAUACAGUAGAAAUCCAAAAUUUA